AUGUGGAGAGACUUAGUUACCCCAUCCCUCACGCUAUCCUUGUCCCACUUUCAAGGCUUGAAGGCCCAGCCACUGUAUCAAGACCUCAACUGGCGGCUUGCGCUCAUCGGCGGAGUGUCGUCGCUGGGAGCUCUAGGCUUCGGAUUCGACAACGGGUGGUGGGGAGGCGCACUGGGUCUGUCCCAGUUCCAACAGAAAUAUGGCGAGUAUGAUGACUCCCUUGGCCAUUUCGUGAUUCCAUCCCAAAAGACAUCGGUCGGCACAGGUACGGGGUCCGCAGGGAUUAUCCUUGGCUGCAUCAUAGCCCCAGUUGUCGCAUCCAAGCUAGGCCGUCGCAAUUCGUUCUUGGUGCUGUCGCUGCUGAUGUUGAUUGGCAUCACCCUCGAAGCAUCCGCGGUAACAUCCUUCUGGCAACUUGUUGUGGGUCGAAUUGUUGUCUACUCAGGGAUUGGCUUAGCAUCAAACUGUGUGCCACUGUACUUAUCGGAGUGCUCACCACCACGUAUUCGAGGUGCCUUUCUGGGACUGUAUAGCUUUUUUAAUUCUCUGGGUGUUUUCCUGGCUUCCCUUGUGGUUUACCUAUCCCGUUCAAGGACGGAUAAAUGGCAGUAUCUGGUGGUCAUACUCUGUCAGCUGCUAGUGCCUAUUGGAUAUAUCGCAUUCUAUGCAUUUAUCCCCGAGUCGCCUCGCUACCUCAUUUAUCGUGGUCGUUUUGACGAGGCCGAACAAGUCCUCCGAUCGCUAUCGAAUUACCCCGACACGAUUCCAUAUGAGGUAGAACUGCUCAAGGCCCAAGCUGAGGAGCAGCAAGAGCUGCACAAGGCGACGUCAAUCUGGGACUGUUUCAGAGGCUCCAACCGAAGACGUACUAUAAUCGCUAUUGGGGUCCAAGUCCUGCAGCAGGCCCAAGGUGUUUCCUUCAUUCAGAACUUUAUCGUCACUUUCAUGGAACAAUUGAAAUUCCCUGAUCCCUUGCGUACGAAUCUAAUGGUGACCGGAUGCAGUUUUGCUGUCCACAUCAUCACAUUCUUCAGCUUCGACAAGAUCGGCCGGCGGUACUCGUUGUGUAUCGGGGCAAUUCUCCUCGGUGGCACUAUGUUCGGAACCGGGAUCGCAAUCGCCACCGGAGACACAAGCAGUGGGUCGUCACCUGCAGCGACGGCUUCCAUUGCCCUUCUGAUCCUUUGGUACUGCAUGUAUGGCUUCACCUGGGGACCCGGCUGUUGGGUGGUGGCAGGAGAAGUAGGGACUGGCCAGUUGCGGGAGCGCACGUUAUUCCUUGCCUCGAUGGGUAGCUUCCUCACAUCGGUUCCUAUCAAUUUUGUCAAUCCGUAUGUCCAAGCACGGCUAGGAGGCUCGGUCACCUUUAUCUAUGGUGGCUUCUCCGUGGUUGCGUUGGUCUGGGUAUUUUUGAUGGUGCCAGAGACCAGGGGCCGUUCCCUCGAAGAGCUGGAUGAUAUGUUCCAGGCUGAAGUACCGACCCGGCGGUUUAAAAAAUAUGAAUGUAGUGGGAUUGGAGCUCAUAUCACAGGUGCUCAAAAUCUGCAAAGCAAGGAAGUCAAGGUGAUUCAGGAGGGGUGGGUGGAGAACAAGGGAGAUACCGGUGCCCAGUAG